AACACACAACUUCCUCGGGCGCAACAACAUUUCUUUGGCCGCAAACCCCAGAAACACCACAACAAAAAGACAGUGAAACUCUGCAACACUAGGAUAUGCCGUCUCAGGAAGAACAAGAACUGCUGGCCAGAAUCGGCCAGCUUGCAGGCAAGAUUAAUCUUCACAAGGCCCAGCAAGCUGGCGUUCAGUCGGUACCAAGCAGCCAGGCUUCCUACAAUCGUCACAACACUCACCGACAUGGCGCCUUCCCCCACAAGCAUCGAGUCCAGCCGUACCCCUCCACUCGAGGAGGCCCGACAGGUUUUCGGCACCGGUCCUUGGUGGUAAACAAGGAUGGAACCCAAACACCUCCUUCCGAUUUGUCAUCUCCCGCUGAGGGUUCUGGCUUGACGACUUCCUCGGGCGCCUGGAUUUCGAAGAAUACCCGCGGUCAGAGGUCAUUGAUCAACUCGGCCGUCUACGACAAGAACAACGAAGCACAUGUAAAAGUCAUCGAGGCGUCGCGCCAACAGAAGAUCCGUCAGCAGGAUGCGCGCGAGCAACAGCAGCUUGCCAAUCAUUUCCAACGCUACAGCGGCAAUGCAAGCGCACCGCAUACUCCUACUAACCCGACAGCGGCAGGCAAUCACGAGAUAGAGAUUCAAGGGAUUCGCUUCCGUGUCGCGAACGGCGGUAGCAAGCUCAUCAAAGUGUCGGGUGCGUCGUCACUACCAUCUCGCACAUCAGGGCGAACUUACAAUCGUCCAGGAGAUUUACACCCAGUCAACGCUACCCCCAAGGUCGCUUUCGUUGGGGGCGUGAAGUUUCACCGUAGCAAGACCGGCAACCUGUACCGCGACGGUGUGCUGAAAGCUCAACGCCAAACUGGCAUCAAAAAGGUCGACGUGCCUUGCAGCAUGUUUUCGCUGACUGGUUCAUGUGCCAAGGGACCAUCUUGUCGAUACAAGCACGAUGCUUCGAAAGUUGCCAUCUGUCGGGAGAUGCUGCACAAGGGGACUUGCGCCCGUGGGGAGUCUUGUGAUUUGUCCCAUGACUUGACGCCCCAGCGCAUUCCGACCUGCGUCCACUUCCUCAAGGGCAACUGUGCCAACUCCACUUGCCCCUAUGCUCAUUCUAGUGUAUCCUCAGGUGCUCUGGUUUGCCGUUCCUUUGGGAUGUACGGCUACUGCGACAAGGGAGACGAAUGCGAAGAGCGCCACGUCUUCGAAUGCCCCGACUUCAGCAACACGGGCAAGUGUAAGGCCAGGGGCUGCAAGCUUCUUCACCGCGAGAGGGCAAGCGUCCUUCGAAAGCGGGCGGACGGCGACGAGAUGGAGGAUCUGUCGAGCGACGACGAGCCAGUCGACAGCGAUGACGUGGACUCGGACGAAGUGGAGGAGUUUAUCACCGACGGUGCUGGUGAUGAUACUGACUUCAAGGUCCAGAAGGACUUUAUCUCUUUCUGACUGUGAUCUGAUGCCACCUUGCCGAGGCCGAAUGGUCUCUUUUCACUACUGACAUGCUUGCUAUCCACUCCUUGAGAGGGUCCAGACAAAGAAAGGCUUCGAGUCUCCUUAUGUCGGACGUAUUUCCGGUUACGAGAACGAUUGGGGAAGAAAACAACAAACGAUACCCACAAAGAAGAUGGAGGGCCAGAGCGUUGAUACCAAGGAGGAAAGAGAAGAAUAGAAGAUCAUGAUAAUGAUGCCGAUGAAAGAAGAAGACGAAAAAGAUGUAGCAGAAAAGGAUAGAAAUAUAAAUCAUGGAACACGAAGAGAAGAAUCGAAAAAGUGAUAAACCUGUUCGAGCUUGGAGAGUACACUUGGAGAGUACAGCUUCUUAGCUCUUCGUCAUCUGUUGAUUUCUGA